CAUUUGCGCCGAUUCAGUUCAACUUUGGCCGUAAGACGCGUCGCUUGUAAUUUUUGUGCGCAGUAAAAGAUAGCCUCACUGUGUGUCAACGCGAGAAUCUCAAGUUAGACCUUAUUUAAAUUGCCGCAGUGUAGAUAAAAAAGGUUCGCUUGCGGGACGUGAAAGUCUCACAUGUUUUGAUACGCUAGUAAAUAGAGAUUAGUGAAGUAAAAGAGCGUAACAGCAACAACAGCGAUAGAACAACAACAUUAACAAGAGCACUGCAUAUUUUGUAGAUCAAGCAGCGGCAUCAGCACGAAAAUGGCCGACAACCUAGCUUCUCCCAUCAAAGCAUUUUAUACGGGCAAAAAUGUCUUCAUUACCGGCGCCACUGGCUUUGUGGGCGUUACCAUUGUUGAAAAGCUAUUGCGCGAUAUACCCGAAAUCGGCACCAUCUAUCUGCUGAUGCGUCCCAAAAAAGGCAAGACGGUGGCACAGCGUUUGGAAGACAUACGCAAGAAUUCCGUUUUUGACAAGUUCAAAGAGUUGAAAAUCGAUGAGAAGCGCUUUGAUAAAAUUGUGCCCAUUGAAGGUGAUGUGGGUCAAGAGCAUUUGGGCAUCUCCGAAACGGAACGUCAGGUGUUGAUCGACAAUGUGCAUGUAGUGUUCCAUUCUGCUGCUACAUUGGAUUUCUUUCAAUCGCUCAAAGAGACAACAAAUAUUAAUUUAUUAGGCACACGACGUGUGGUGGAGUUGUGUAAACAACUGUCCAAAUUGGAGGCUCUUGUACAUGUCUCCAGCGCUUAUGUAAACUCCUAUAUUACUGAAGUGGAGGAAAAAUUAUAUCCAUCUCCAGAUGAUCCAGAAAAGGUCAUACACUUGGCUGAAACGCUAAGCGAUGAGGCGCUCAAAGAGUUAGAGCCCAAGUUGUUGAAAGAUCAUCCCAACACGUACACGUUCACCAAACACUUGGCCGAACACGAAGUGGCCAAUGUGGCCUCACGUUUUCCAUGCGGCAUUGUGCGACCAAGCAUGAUCACUGCCGCCUGGAAGCAGCCAACGCCCGGUUGGACAAUCUCGAAGAAUGGCCCACAAGGCUUCUUUAUGGGCGCUUCUCGUGGCAUUCUGCGUCGUUUACCUUUAGAUCCGACCAUUAUCAUGGAUUACAUACCUGUCGAUGUGGUGGUGAAUGCAAUCAUCGCAACCGGUUACUAUGUAAAUGCACUCAAAGUCAAAAACGCCGGCAAACCAGCUGAGCUACAAAUUUUCCAUCUCACUUCCAGCACGUACAAGCCAUUCCGUUUCGAGUUCUUGAUCAAUAAAAUUAAUGCAUUCCUCCAUGAAUAUCCGCUGGUGUCCGCUGUUUGGUAUCCAAAUCUCAAGUUGGUCAAGAGCUUAUUCCUCUUCCGUUUAGGCGCUAUACUGUUUCACUUUAUACCCGGUUUCUUCCUGGACUUGGUCACCAAACUUAGCGGUGGCAGACCCAUUCUCAUACGCCUGCAUAAAAGUGUCUGGAAUUCGUUGAAUACUUUGGAGAAAUUUAUUUUUACUGAAUGGCAUUAUGACAGCAAACACACGUUGGCGCUGUCGAAGCAGUUGGAUCCACGUGAUCGUGAAACAUUUUUCAUUGAUAUUGGCGAUUUAGCUUGGGAUGAUUACUUCCUCAACACUAUUAUGGGCGUGCGGCAGUAUCUAAGCAAGGAAUCGCCGAAAACAUUAUCGGCUGCCAGAAAGAAGGAUAAAAUUUUGUUGGCGUUACAUGUUGCCCUUCAAUUGGCUUUCUACUAUGGUAUAUGGAAGCUAGCUAUAUUUGCUUUUGGUCUCUCCAACGCCAAGGCUGCGCUUAUACUGCCAGUUGCCUACUUCCUUUUUGGACUUAUUUAAGAACAUCAUCACAAUUAAUACAUAUCACAUAUAUUUUCUUUACUUGAAUCUUGUGUGGAUUCGCCGUGAAUUUUUUCUGUGUAAUUGCGUACACAAAUAUUUAUUUGAAUUACCGAUUUAAAGAAUCAUCAUUUUUUAUUUUCUCUUAACUUCAA